GAAGAAUAACAGGGAAAACUAAAGGAUUUGACUUCUCCAGAAGAUAAAGGGGAGAUAAAAAUUGUCACAUGACUGAUGUCUAUAAAAAGGCUUUCUUUCAAAGGAGCAGCUUGAAUAAGCAAAAACGUGUUCAUACAGGGAAGAUGCCAUAUUCCUGUAAUAUCUGCAGUAAAUCAUUUUCUGGCUGCAGUGCUUUAGCUGACCAUAAACGUAUUCAUACAGGAGAGAAACCAUAUCAGUGUGACGUCUGUAACAAAUCUUUCACGGUAAAUUGUAACCUAAUUAAUCACAAACGUAUUCAUACAGGAGAGAAGCCUUAUCAGUGCAACAUCUGUAGCAAAUCUUUCUCUCUAGGAAGUACCCUAACGAAGCACAAACGUAUUCAUACAGGUGAGACACCAUAUUCCUGUAAUAUCUGUGGCAAAUCGCUCUCAAGCAAAAGCAGUUUAACUUCUCACAAACGUAUUCAUACAGGAGAAAAGCCAUAUCCCUGUGAUAUCUGUGGUCUAUCAUUUUCUGUAAGUAGUGCUUUAAUUAGUCACAAGCGUAUUCAUACAGGAGAGAAGCCAUAUCCCUGUGAUAUCUGUGGUAAAUCAUUCUCUCAAAGUAGUGCUUUAACUUCUCAUAAACGUAUUCAUACAGGAGAGAAGCCAUAUCAGUGUAACAUCUGUGGUAAAUCAUUCUCUUGGCGUGGUGUUUUUACUAAUCAUAAACAUUCCCAUACAGGAGAAACACCAUAUUCUUGUGAUAUCUGUGGUAAAUCAUUCUCUCAAAAACAUAAUUUGACUUUACACCAACGUAUUCAUACAGGCGAAAAGCCAUUUCACUGUGAAAUCUGUGGUAAAUCGUUCUCUCGAAAAAUUGAGUUGAUUUCACACCAACGUAUUCAUACAGGGGAGAAGCCAUAUCAGUGCAACAUCUGUAACAAAUCUUUCUGUCACUUGUGUAGCCUAAGUAUUCACAAGCGUGUUCAUACAGGAGAGAAGCCAUAUCAAUGUAACAUCUGUAGUAAAUCAUUCUCUAACCAAAGUGAUUUAAAAUCUCACAAACGUUCCCAUACAGGGGAGAAGCCAUAUCAGUGCAACAUCUGUAACAAAUCUUUCUGUCACUUGAGUACUCUAAGUACUCACAAGCGUGUUCAUACAGGAGAGAAGCCAUAUCAAUGUAACAUCUGUAGUAUAUCAUUCUCUCGGAGUAAUAGCCUAAUUACUCAUAAACGUAUUCAUACAGGGGAGAAGCCAUUUCAAUGUCUCAUCUGUGGUAAAUCAUUCUCUGCCCGAAGUACUUUCAUUUCUCACAAGCGUGUUCAUACAGGAGAGAAGCCAUAUCAGUGUAACAUCUGUAGUAAAUCAUUCUCUAACCAAAGUGAUUUAAAAUCUCACAAACGUUCCCAUACAGGGGAGAAGCCAUAUCAGUGCAACAUCUGUAACAAAUCUUUCUGUCACUUGAGUACUCUAAGUACUCACAAGCGUGUUCAUACAGGAGAGAAGCCAUAUCAAUGUAACAUCUGUAGUAUAUCAUUCUCUCAGAGUAAUAGCCUAAUUACUCAUAAACGUAUUCAUACAGGGGAGAAGCCAUUUCAAUGUCUCAUCUGUGGUAAAUCAUUCUCUGCCCGAAGUACUUUCAUUUCUCACAAGCGUGUUCAUACAGGAGAGAAGCCAUAUCAGUGUAACAUCUGUAGUAAAUCAUUCUCUAACCAAAGUGAUUUAAAAUCUCACAAACGUUCCCAUACAGGAGAGAAGCCAUAUCCGUGUCAUGUCUGUGGUAAAUCAUUCUCUUCAGCCAGAAACUUGACUACACACGCACUUGUUCAUACAGGGAAAAAGUGAUUUCACUGUGACAUCUGUAGUAAAUCAUUCUCUAUACAAUAUAACUUCACUAACCACAAACAUAUUCGUACAGGAGAGAAACCAUACCAUUGUGAUAUCUGUAGUAAAUCAUUCUCCCGCAAUAGCAGCUUAGCUUCUCACAGACGUUUCCAUACAGGAAAGAAGCCAUAUCGCUGAGAUGUCUGUGGUAAAUUGUUCUCCACAAGUAGUUGCUUGUCUAAACACAAACAUAUUCAUACAGGAGAGAAGCCAUAUCACUGUGAUAUCUGGUAGGUCAUUCACUCAACAUGGCAGAUGACCUCACAAAUGUGUUCAUAUGGGGUCGAAGCGAUCCCACUAUUUGUUGUAAAUCAUCUGUAAAUGAUAAUUUAACCCUUUACCAUGCAGAUUAUUCUGUCAAAUCUGAUUUUAUUCAAAUUAUUUUCAAUUUGUCUCCCAUUAUUUCACAGCUUUCAAAUUUUGAUGACGUGAUUGUUUAUUUUCAGAAUGACAUUGUAGGGUAGGUGCAAGAGGCUGAAUCUGACUGGUUUGAUCAUAAAAUAGGUAGAAUAUUUGGGUUGGAUAUGGCCGCUUUAAAUUCUCAAGGGUUAACCCUACAAGUAUCAACAUUACUUACUUCCUACAAGGACCAUAGCGGUCAUUUAUGACUGCCAUUGAAGAUCAUUGUCCAAUACAGUUUAUUUUGAAUAUCAGCAAAUGCAGUGAAUAAAGGAUUUGAAAAUACAUUCUUUUAGCAUUUAUUAACAUAUAAAAAAUAUUUAUCCAUACACAUGAAAUGAUGCACAUGAUUGAAAGGCAAAGUUGACCUCGGUGAAAUUUGAACUCAGAACGUAACGACAAACGAAAUGUGGCUACGCAUUUCGCCCGGCGUGCUAACGUUUCUGCCAGCUUGCUACCUUGGUGAUAAAUGACCCCUCGGUAUUUGUAGUGUUAACUAACUGUGUAUCUAUUCAUAUAGAUGUAUGACUACCAAUGUGACGAUUCAUAA